CACUUCCAUCUUAUACAGACAUGAAAUGCGCCCAUCAUAGUGCAAGAUGCGUAAAGGGAUACUUCAGGAUUUUGGCAAUGAAGCUCUUUAUCUACUUCCCCAGAGUCUGAUGAUCUCUUGGAUACCAAGUGGUUGGAAAUACCGCUCUGCGCUCACAGGUCAAGAUGUCAAGUCUUUAGUUGUCUUUAACCCUCUAGAACUGUCCACUGCUGCUGUGGAGGUCUCAGAACUCGUGGGGGGAAUUCAUGGGGGCUGUGGUAGAACAGAAAACCAGCAGUAGUCCGGACCUCCGUGCUCAGAUUUGAAUACCACUGUAUCAAUGUCUUCUCUCUGACCUCCUCAAAGUCAAGAUUGAAAGGCGCUGCUCUCACUGCAAUAAAGAAGGUAUGGUUUAUCACACCAGACAAAUGAGAUAUGCAGAUGAAGGACAGGCUGUCUUCUACAGGUAAUGUAGAAUGUACACACCUGUUACAUCUCACUCAAAACACCAAUUCACCAAGGAUUUUCUGAGCCGUUCUCACCACCAGAUUCAUCAAUCUAUUCCAUUUUAUGUUGUCCUGCACCACAAUGUGACAAACUGUACAUAUUCUAAAUGUUUACUCGUGAGCGAGUGGAUAUGCUACUUUUUCUGAUUUGAUUUGUACAGAUAAAGAGAAAAGGGACCCCUGAGAAGAGAUUGAGAUGCUUCCCCAUUCUCCUGGACCUCCUUCAAUAUUCUUCUCCCUUCUUUUGUCUGUAAACAAGAAUGUGUUUGAUCAAUGUAAUGCAAACUUGAGAUCGUAUUGGCGAAAACACAAUUGUUAUGCUAUUCAUUGCCCUUCAUUACUUGUAAUGAGGCUUAGGCUAAUCGCUCCGCGGUGCUAAGCAUUUUAAUGCCUUUGCCACAUCAGUUGGAUUGCAGCCGCAGGAUUUUGAAUGAGAUUCGAAUACUGAUUUUUCAAGUGUGAUUUUUGCAUUUAAAACAUGUCUUUAGAACAUGUUUCGUGUUGCUUUUAUCCUUUCCCUUCUACAUUUUGCCAACGCUGUCAGGUAAUGACAGUGAAUGUAUCUAAUCAACCUACUUCAUGUUUACAAAUGUAUAAAUGAGCAAUUAUUGUAAUCUUUAAUUUAUAGAAAAUAAAAUACUACAUUUACAUUUCACUGUGGCGUUGACCGCAGCAAAAGGAGUUGCGCCAAUCAGAACGCUCCUUCUGGAUGUCUGAAUCACGUGAUCAUCCAACAUGGCUUCUAUUCACUUGCUGAGAAAAUGAAGAUGCUGAACAUUUCUGAAUUGAUUAGUUUAUAGGAAUUAUUUUGGACCUUUCCGAUACCCAAACAUAAGAAGAUGAAGCUGCGCGUUCAGUUACAAUGCAAGAACCUCCAUGAGUAUCUGAAAGAGUUGAGCCCAGAGAUCUUAGACCGCUUGUACAAUCAUCCGGCCACAUGUCUGGCUGUCUACAGAGAGCUCCCCCCAUUGGCCAAGAAUUAUGUAAUGCGAAUGCUGUUUCUAGACCAACCCCUUCCUCAGGCCGCGGUGGCGCUUUGGGUGAAAAAAGACAGUGAAAAGGACCAUGAUCAGUGUGUCGCUGUGCUGUCUGGUCUCAGACUAUGGCACAGCCAGCAGCUGCAGGGAGGCCUGCAGGGAAACAUUCUGAACCCCGUAUUCAAAGACAACCUGAGAAUAGCAUUAUUAGGAGGGGGUAAGUCGUGGGCAGACCAGGGUGACAGUCUUGGUCCUGACAGACAUGCCCGUGACGUGGAGAGUCUGGAUAAGUAUGCUUUGGAGCGCUGGGAGGUGGUUCUCCACUUCAUGGUGGGCUGUCCCAGUGCUGCAGUCAGCCAGGACCUGUCCCAGCUCCUCAUUCAGGCUGGCCUCAUGAGAACUGAGGCUGGAGAUGCUCCCUGUAUCACCUCAGCUGGUUUCCAGUUCCUCCUCCUGGACACAGCCUCUCAGCUCUGGUACUUCACCCUACAGUACCUCAACACGGCACAGACUCGUGGAAUGGACUUGGUGGAGAUUCUGUCCUUCUUGUUCCAGCUCAGUUUCUCGACUCUAGGCAGGGACUACUCAGUGGAGGGGAUGAGUGAAUCUCUGCUCACCUUCCUACAGCACCUGAGGGAGUUCGGCCUCGUCUUCCAGAGGAAGAGGAAGUCUAGAAGGUACUACCCCACCAGGCUGGCCAUCACUCUGUCUGCUGGCGUCUCCGCCAACUCUUCCUCCACCGCUAUGGGCGCUACCCCAGGGACUGGAGAUUCAGGUUUCAUCGUCGUGGAAACCAACUAUCGGCUCUAUGCUUAUACCAACUCUGAGCUGCAGAUCGCUUUGGUGGCUCUGUUUAGUGAGUGUCUCUAUCGCUUCCCUAACGUGGUGGUAGCCCAGGUUACCAGGGAGUCAGUACAGCAAGCCAUCGCUAACGGCAUCACCGCACAACAGGUAGACACUCCUCACAACAGGUAGACACUCCUCACAGCAGGUAGACACUCCUCACAACAGGUAGGCACUCCUCACAAAAGGUAGGCACUCCUCACAACAGGUUGGCACUCCUCACAAUAGGUAGGCACUCCUCACAACAGGUAGGCACUCCUCACGGCAGGUAGGCACUCCUCGCGGCAGGUAGGCACUCCUCGCGGCAGGUAGGCACUCCUCGCGGCAGGUAGGCACUCCCCGCGGCAGGUAGGCACUCCUCGCGGCAGGUAGGCACUCCCCGCGGCAGGUAGGCACUCCUCACAACAGGUAGGCACUCCUCACAACAGGUAGGCACUCCUCACAACAGGUAGGCACUCCUCACAACAGGUAGGCACUCCUCACAACAGGUAGACACUCCUCACAACAGGUAGACACUCCUCACAACAGGUAGGCACUCCUCACAACAGGUAGACACUCCUCACAACAGGUAGACACUCCUCACAACAGGUAGACACUCCUCACAACAGGUAGACACUCCUCACAACAGGUAGACACUCCUCACAACAGGUAGACACUCCUCACAACAGGUAGACACUCCUCACAACAGGUAGACACUCCUCACAACAGGUAGACACUCCUCACAACAGGUAGACACUCCUCACAACAGGUAGACACUCCUCACAACAGGUAGGCACUCCUCACAACAGGUAGGCACUCCUCACAACAGGUAGGCACUCCUCACAACAGGUAGGCACUCCUCACAACAGGUAGGCACUCCUCACAACAGGUAGGCACUCCUCACAACAGGUAGGCACUCCUCACAACAGGUAGGCACUCCUCACAACAGGUAGGCACUCCUCACAACAGGUAGGCACUCCUCACAACAGGUAGGCACUCCUCACAACAGGUAGGCACUCCUCACGGCAGGUAGGCACUCCUCACAACAGGUAGGCACUCCUCACGGCAGGUAGGCACUCCUCACAACAGGUAGGCACUCCUCACGGCAGGUAGGCACUCCUCACAACAGGUAGGCACUCCUCACGGCAGGUAGGCACUCCUCACAACAGGUAGGCACUCCUCACGGCAGGUAGGCACUCCUCACAACAGGUAGGCACUCCUCACGGCAGGUAGGCACUCCUCACAACAGGUAGGCACUCCUCACAACAGGUAGGCACUCCUCACAACAGGUAGGCACUCCUCACGGCAGGUAGGCACUCCUCACAACAGGUAGGCACUCCUCACGGCAGGUAGGCACUCCUCACAACAGGUAGGCACUCCUCACAACAGGUAGGCACUCCUCACAACAGGUAGGCACUCCUCACAACAGGUAGGCACUCCUCACAACAGGUAGGCACUCCUCACAACAGGUAGGCACUCCUCACAACAGGUAGGCACUCCUCACAACAGGUAGGCACUCCUCACAACAGGUAGGCACUCCUCACAGCAGGUAGACACUCCUCACAACAGGUAGGCACUCCUCACAACAGGUAGGCACUCCUCACAACAGGUAGGCACUCCUCACAACAGGUAGGCACUCCUCACAACAGGUAGGCACUCCUCACAACAGGUAGGCACUCCUCACAACAGGUAGGCACUCCUCACAACAGGUAGGCACUCCUCACAACAGGUAGGCACUCCUCACAGCAGGUAGACACUCCUCACAACAGGUAGGCACUCCUCACAACAGGUAGGCACUCCUCACAACAGGUAGGCACUCCUCACGGCAGGUAGGCACUCCUCACAACAGGUAGGCACUCCUCACGGCAGGUAGGCACUCCUCACGGCAGGUAGGCACUCCUCACAACAGGUAGGCACUCCUCACAACAGGUAGGCACUCCUCACAACAGGUAGGCACUCCUCACAACAGGUAGGCACUCCUCACAACAGGUAGGCACUCCUCACGGCAGGUAGGCACUCCUCACAACAGGUAGGCACUCCUCACAACAGGUAGGCACUCCUCACAACAGGUAGGCACUCCUCACGGCAGGUAGACACUCCUCACAACAGGUAGACACUCCUCACAACAGGUAGGCACUCCUCACAACAGGUAGGCACUCCUCACAACAGGUAGACACUCCUCACAACAGGUAGGCACUCCUCACAACAGGUAGGCACUCCUCACAACAGGUAGGCACUCCUCACGGCAGGUAGGCACUCCUCACAACAGAUGGCAGGUUACUUUACACUACUGAACAACAUAAUGGCAGCUUGGAGUUUGUCAGGUUUUGUGUUAAUGGAUUUGUCUGUUCAGUAUAUUGGAGUUCUGGUACUCACUGUUAUUCAUGGUUGAGCUGUUUGGGAAAGUAUGUAUGUUUUCGUCUCUUUCAGUCUGUGUGUUUUAGUUGAUUGUUAUACUGCACAUGAAAUGGUGGAUUGGUGCUUCUUAUGUUGUGUGGGGAAGUUUUUACGGUCAAGUUUUUGUGCUUUUCAGAUUCUCCACUUUCUAAGGACCAGAGCACAUCCUGUCAUGCUCAAACAGAACCCAGUGCUGCCCCCCACCAUCACAGACCAGAUCAGACUAUGGGAACUGGAGAGAGAUCGACUACAGUUUUCUGAGGGAGUGCUGUAUAACCAGUUCCUCUCCCAGGCUGACUUUGAGGUGUUGCGGGACAGAGCUCAGGGCCUAGGCUGUCUCGUGUGGCAGAAUGUGGCUCACAGGGUGAUUGUGGUGUCACCGCAGGGACACGGCGAAGUCAAGAGGUUCUGGAAACGACAGAAGAGUCACACUUGAUAACAGAGGGGGAAGAAGAGAAGAACAAGGAUUUUUUUUAUUUUAUUGUAUUUUUUCCAUGAAAGGACUUUUUUUUUUCUCUCUUCCUUAGAGGUGACGGUUGAAGAAGGUAUAUGGAGAGUUCUGGACAUACUGUACUGGAUCUUGAAUUGGACAUAGCAGCGCAAUGGCUGUAGCCUGGUGCCAGAUCUGUUUGCGCUCUUACCUACUUUGUCAUUGUCAAGCCAAACAUGGCAAUUCUGUAAGGAGUUGGCAAGGUAAGACUGGCACCCAGGCUACCGUGACUGGUGCUGGGUAGGACAAAAUGGAGAAAGCAAGUGCUUUGUCUCUGUUUUUGUUGGUGAUAUUGCCAUUGUCUCCUUUUGGGUUGGUGGGCAAAUAAAAUUAUUUAAAGAAAUGUAUGACUUAGCCUGCAAUACUUAUGCAAUACGGGGCAGAAGGUAGCGGCAGGUAGCCUAGUGGUUAGAGAGUUGGGCCAGUAACCGAAAGGUUGCUAGAUCGAAUCCCCGAGCUGACAAUGUAAAACUGAACAGGGCAGUUAACCCACUGUUCCUAGUCCGUCAUUGCAGAUAAGAAUUUGUUCUUAACUGACUUGCCUAGUAAAAUAAAAAAUAAUACUUUAUUUUUUAUUUUUUUACAAGCAUUCAAACAUAAGUUGGAUGUAUUUCAUUGCAGAGGAAAGAGCCAUGCAUUUAAAUGUGGGGAUUUAACAUGCAGGGCUGAUACUAUGAAAUGCAUUUAAUGUUCUCAAUGUUUUAUUUGUUUAAAAAGAAUACUGUGUAAUUUGAUUAAAUCAAACAUCAAUGGAA